CACUCUCAAACCCAGACAGACAUCUCUGUUUCUGAUUCUUCUUCUGGUAAACCCCCUCUCUCUCUCUCUCUCUCUCUCUCUCUCUCAUCACAGCUUCGACGACGGCUUCAACUAGGUAUCAAGAGUAGGAGAUUCGUUGCUGCAGCACCAGCGAAGCCCGAUCAACAUUGAAAUGGCGGUUUUUGACCCGACUGAGUCAUUUCUACGAUCUUCGUUACAAUCAGAGUGUUAAAAAAAAAAGUGCUUUAAAAUCUUGGCCGUCGAAGUCUGUACACCAAAGAUGAGUUCGGGGUCAAGACCAGUUACUGAUUUAGGCAAGGAGAGUGUUGAAAACGGGACUGUUCCCAAUUUUAUUUCGCAUCUGAGAUCGUCAUUUAAGCCGGGUGAGUUCGACAAAGUGCAACAGAUUUUAAUGGCUCGAGAAGAGAACAUGAAGAGUGAAAUUGCUCUUUGGAAGAAAGAGUAUGAAUAUAUGGAAAAGAAGAACUUGGAAAUGGCAGCAACAAAUUUUAAGAUCCAGGAGGAGCGAAACAAGUACAAGGUAGAGCGGAAUGAGCUCAGAGAGAAAAACAAACGUCUUAAGGUAGAAGAUAAUAUUCAUCGUGAGAUAGAGGAAGGUCACUGUAAAAGAUUGAUGAAGGCUGAAGAGAAAUAUGAAAAGCUAUUGGAAAGGCAUAGACAGGUUCAGAGUGAGAACGUAAAACUUGUUUUGAUGCUUACAGCGAUGAAUUCUGCGAAGAAUAAAUCUCUGUAUGAGCUUGAGAUUAAUAAGAAGAGGUUUGAGGAAUUGAUUUUGCGAGUUUUGCGUGUGGAGGAUGAAGCUUCAAUGUUGAUGGUUGAGGGUCAUGCGUGUGAGAAAAAGAAAGAGGACAUGGGAGCUGAGAGGCCAGUUUCUGAUAAAUUGAUGGCGGAGAAAACUUCUGACAACGGAAAAUCACAACAUGAAAUGGCUGUUGGAACUGUGGAUGAAAGCUUGGCCAAUCUACAAAGCAAUGGGAGUUCAUCAAAUUGUGUUGAAGAAAUCAAUUCUAUGGCGGAUUCUGACUCUGUUGCUGUUUCUCUGGGAGUCGGAAGCAAUCGUUUGCAGGAGGCUGGUGCACAUUCUGUCAUCAUGGCUUGUAACAACCCCAUCCAAGAUCAGUUGGUGCUUGAAAGAGGGAGCUCCAACAAAGUGAAGAAUACUUCUGUGGGAUGUGGCAGGAGAACUGGAUAUGGUGUUAUCAUUGACUUGGAUGAUAGUGAUGAUGAGAUGCCCACAAAGGAUGGAACAACUAGCGUGCCCAAUGUUGUUGCUUCACGAUUUAUUCUGAGUGAUAAAGAAAUAGGUAGUGCACAUUUUCAUCAGACUGGUGAUGAAAAUGGGACUGGUGAUGAAAAUGGGAGAAGUUGCACAGAGAAUCGCCUCCUGUAUUCAAGUACCAAAAGAAAAAGAGGUCCAUGCACUAACAUUGAUGUGAGUAAGAAUGAUGAUGACGAUGAUGUUGAUGAUGACAUGACUCCAAUUAAUAAACUUAAAACAAAGGCAACUCAAGAGUUGAUUAUAGAUGGGGGUGAUGGUUCUGACAGUGCAGAUAGUUCUUCUGACAUUGAAAGUACGAUUAAAAAGCUCCGAAGUAGGAAUGAUGAUAAUAAAACAUGGUUAUUUGAAAUUGACAUGAUUUCAGCAUUUCAGAACGAUCCCAAACUAUGCAUGAAUGCUGUUUGUGCUCUUUAUAGGCAGCAAUUGCGUAAGUGGCAAUCCGUUAAUGGCUCCUCUUUGACCAAGAAUCAAGGAUUUACUGCGUUUGAUUUAAUGAGGGGAACUGCUUUUGGCGAAUAUCUUACCGCUGGGGAUCCUCAACGUAAACUGAAUAAAUCUGUUGCAGAGUUGCAGCAAUAUGAUCCACUGGGUCUUGAUUACUGUAGAAAGUUGGCCAUGCGUUAUUCGCACCAGUUAUUUGAGAUUCACCAAAAAGAGGAAGAUCCUUUUUUCCUUCCUACCUAAGAUAAUUUGUCACUUGUGCAAAUCAUAGUGGAGUCUACCAUUGCGAGAAGCAGAUCCAAAUUCGAUGGGAUUGUUGGGGUUUAAUGUUUUCUCAUGAUUAUAAAACACUUUCAUUUUAGUUUUUCGGAUGGUUGUUUAUGUGAAUUUAUGACAUUAUAUGUUUCGUGUGUGCUUUUUUUUGGCUGUAACUUGAUGAAUUCUUGAACUCCCUUGAAUUCUGCACAUCAUAUAAAUCUUGUUUAGUUGAAUACAAUCAAGCAUAGCAUCAAUACAGUUACUGUUUUUGUGAAGUAGAGCAUUGUAGUUGUUGUGAGCUUUGUUAUUAAAAUCUUACGAUUCACGAUUCGAUUUAUCAUUUUUGUAAAA